AUGUUUGACCACACACCUUUUUUCCACAAGUGUGUCGCCAUCUACGAGCAGGAGCUGCGCUUGCCCGACCCGCGGCCGCCGCGCAAACAGCCGCCGCGCCACAGCAAGCUCACGGCGGGGAACACGUUUUUCCAGGACUCGAUCAGGCUCAACGCCAUGAUCCUCCAGCUGGGCUCGUUUAUCAGCGAGAUCCAGACAGACUACCUGCUGAGCCACUCAAAAAAGCUGUCCGAGGCCGACAAGGACGAGAUCGACACGAAUUUCAAGGUGCAGCUGGGCAUUCUGAACAAGAAACUCGAGAACCUGCGAACGUACGCCGAGCUGCUCAACAGACAGCUCGAAGCCAGCAACCCCGUCGAGGAGCUCGGCCGGAACCUGCUCACGAUGGGCGAGUACGGCCAGAGCGUCACGAUCGCCAACAACACAGUCAUCGAGAUCCGCGCCAACAUCCUCAAGUCGCUCGGUUUGCGGCUGACCAGGAUCUCUGCGCAUUUUGUCUCCAUCAGCAGCCGGCGCAUGGAGCGGAAAAAAGAGCUCACGCGCUCAACGCUCAACGCCAGCACGUACCUGCAGCGGGAGUCGUACGAGCCAAUGGACCACGAGGUGGCGGAAAAGGCCGUUUCCAGCGAGUACAGCGAGCUGGCCGCAGGGCUGGACCAGCAGCAGCUGCAGCAGCUGUCGCAGGAGAACGAGUCGAUUUUGCUCGAGAUGAAGAGCGCGCAGAUCGAGAGCGUCAGCCAGAUCGAGCAGUCCAUGCUCGAGAUAUCCUCGGUCAUCAACGAGAUCAACCUCCAGCUGCAUCUGCAGAACGACGCCAUUUCCGUCCUGAGCUCGCACCAGGACGACACCGUGGCCAACCUCAAGAUGGGCAACACGCAGCUGGUGAGGGCGAACGAGCGAGCGAAGCGGUCGGGCCAGAACCUCAGCUACCUGAUCCUAGUUCUCAGCUUUCUGCUGCUGGUUAUAGACUAUAUACUGUGA